CUGAGAGAGACCAGAGAGGGGGAAGAGACACACACAAACAGAUAGGAGAAGGGCACCGGCUGAAGCCACUUGCAGGACUGACUGACGGUUCUUACAACGAAACUCUAGCAGCGUGAGGAACUAAAAGCCAGGUUUAAUUGGUUUCUUUUUCUCGUGGGUAGAGUUAAUAUUUUUCUACUUAUUUUGACAAAGCAAUAACCCCGAAGCACAUUCCUAGUUCCCACCUGCUUUUAGUUUCCGGUGUAGCCUAAACUCCAGAGAGCCUUAGCAUCCACUCGGUCCUUUCUGCUUUGUACACAGAUGGGGUGGCUGGACGAGAGCAGCUCUUGGCUCAGCAGAGAAUGCACAGUAUGAUCAGCUCAGUUGAUGUAAAGUCAGAGGUUCCUGUGGGCCUGGAGCCCAUCUCACCUUUAGACCUAAGGACAGACCUCAGGAUGAUGAUGCCCGUGGUGGACCCUGUAGUCCGUGAGAAGCAACUGCAGCAGGAGUUACUCCUGAUCCAGCAACAGCAGCAAAUCCAGAAGCAGCUCUUGAUCGCAGAGUUUCAGAAACAGCAUGAGAACUUGACACGGCAGCACCAGGCUCAACUUCAGGAGCACAUCAAGUUGCAACAGGAACUUCUAGCCAUAAAACAGCAACAAGAACUGCUAGAAAAGGAGCAGAAACUGGAGCAGCAGAGGCAAGAACAGGAAGUAGAGAGGCAUCGCAGAGAACAGCAGCUUCCUCCUCUCAGAGGCAAAGAUAGAGGACGAGAAAGUAAGAGGCACCAGGGGGCAGUGGCAAGUACAGAAGUAAAGCAGAAGCUUCAAGAAUUCCUGUUGAGUAAAUCAGCAACAAAAGACACUCCAACUAAUGGAAAAAAUCAUUCCGUGAGCCGCCAUCCCAAGCUCUGGUACACGGCUGCCCACCACACGUCAUUGGAUCAAAGCUCUCCACCCCUGAGUGGAACGUCUCCAUCCUACAAAUACACAUUACCAGGAGCGCAAGAUGCAAAGGAUGAUUUUCCUCUUCGAAAAACUGCCUCUGAGCCCAACUUGAAGGUGCGGUCCAGGUUAAAACAGAAAGUGGCAGAGAGGAGAAGCAGCCCCUUACUCAGGCGGAAGGAUGGAAAUGUUGUCACUUCAUUCAAGAAGCGAAUGUUUGAGGUGACAGAAUCCUCAGUCAGUAGCAGUUCUCCAGGGUCUGGUCCCAGUUCACCAAACAAUGGGCCAACUGGUAAUGUUACUGAAAAUGAUACUUCGGUUUUGCCCCCUACUUCUCAGGCUGAGAAAAUGGUUUCACAGCAACGCAUUCUAAUUCACGAAGAUUCCAUGAACCUGCUCAGUCUUUAUACCUCUCCCUCUUUGCCCAACAUUACCCUGGGACUUCCAGCAGUGCCAGCCCAGCUGAAUGCUUCAAAUUCACUCAAAGAAAAACAGAAGUGUGAAACCCAGACACUCAGGCAAGGUGUUCCUCUGCCUGGGCAGUAUGGGGGAGGCAUCCCGGCAUCUUCAAACCAUCCCCAUGUCACUUUGGAGGGAAAGCCCAACAGCAGCCACCAAGCUCUCCUGCAGCAUUUACUACUGAAAGAACAAAUGCGACAGCAAAAGCUUCUUGUGGCUGGCGGAGUUCCUUUACAUCCUCAGUCUCCCUUGGCAACAAAAGAGAGAAUUUCACCUGGCAUUAGAGGUACCCACAAAUUACCCCGUCACAGACCCUUGAAUCGAACCCAGUCUGCACCUUUGCCUCAGAGCACAUUGGCUCAGCUGGUCAUUCAGCAGCAACACCAGCAAUUCUUGGAGAAGCAGAAGCAGUACCAGCAGCAGAUCCACAUGAACAAGCCAGCAAGGCAACAGCUCAGCUUUGCUGGGGGAUCACCUCCAGAUGUUCAACCAAAGAGAGACCCUGCCACCCCACUGAGACUGCUUUCGAAAUCUAUUGAACAACUGAAGCAACCAGGCGGUCACCUUGAGGAAGCGGAGGAAGAGCUUCAGGGGGACCAGGCGAUGCAGGAAGACAGAGCGCCCUCUAGUGGCAACAGCACUAGGAGUGACAGCAGUGCUUGUGUGGAUGACACAUUGGGACAAGUUGGGGCUGUGAAGGUCAAAGAGGAACCAGUGGACAGUGAUGAAGAUGCUCAGAUCCAGGAAAUGGAAUCUGGGGAGCAGGCUGCUUUUAUGCAACAGCCCUUCCUGGAGCCGCAGCACGCACGUGCACUCUCUGUGCGCCCAGCUCAGCUGGCCGCGGAUGGCAUGGACGGAUUAGAGAAACAUCGUCUUGUCUCCAGGGCUCAUUCCUCCCCUGCCGCCUGCAUUUUCCCUCACCCAGCAAUGGACUGCCACCUCCUGCCUGGCUCUGCAACUGGAAUUGCCUAUGAUCCUCUGAUGCUGAAACACCAGUGCAUUUGUGGCAAUUCCACCACCCACCCUGAGCAUGCUGGACGCAUACAGAGCAUCUGGUCACGGCUGCAAGAAACUGGGUUGCUAAAUAAAUGUGAGCGAAUUCAAGGUCGAAAAGCCAGCCUGGAGGAAAUACAGCUUGUUCAUUCUGAACAUCACUCACUGUUGUAUGGCACCAACCCCCUGGAUGGACAGAAGCUGGACCCCAGGACACUACUAGGUGACUCUUCUCAAAAGUUUUUUUCUUCAUUACCUUGUGGUGGACUUGGGGUGGACAGUGACACCAUUUGGAAUGAGCUGCACUCGUCCGGUGCUGCACGCAUGGCUGUUGGCUGUGUCAUCGAGCUGGCUUCCAAAGUGGCCUCAGGAGAGCUGAAGAAUGGAUUUGCUGUUGUGAGGCCCCCAGGCCAUCACGCUGAAGAAUCCACAGCCAUGGGGUUCUGCUUUUUUAAUUCAGUUGCAAUUACCGCCAAAUACUUGAGAGACCAACUAAAUAUAAGCAAGAUAUUGAUUGUAGAUCUGGAUGUUCACCAUGGAAAUGGUACACAGCAGGCCUUUUAUGCUGACCCCAGCAUCCUGUAUAUUUCACUCCAUCGCUAUGAUGAAGGGAACUUUUUCCCUGGCAGUGGAGCCCCAAAUGAGGUUGGAACAGGCCUUGGAGAAGGAUACAAUAUAAAUAUUGCCUGGACAGGUGGCCUUGAUCCCCCCAUGGGAGAUACUGAGUACCUAGAAGCGUUCAGGACUAUAGUGAAGCCUGUGGCCAAAGAGUUUGAUCCAGACAUGGUCCUGGUUUCUGCUGGAUUUGAUGCAUUAGAAGGCCACGCCCCUCCUCUGGGGGGCUACAAAGUGACAGCAAAAUGCUUUGGUCAUUUGACGAAGCAAUUGAUGACACUGGCUGAUGGACAUGUGGUGUUGGCUCUAGAAGGAGGACAUGAUCUCACAGCCAUCUGCGAUGCAUCAGAAGCCUGUGUAAAUGCCCUUCUAGGAAAUGAGCUGGAGCCACUUGCAGAAGAUAUUCUCCAACAAACUCCGAAUAUGAAUGCCGUUAUUUCUUUACAGAAGAUCAUUGAAAUUCAAAGCAAGUACUGGAAGUCAGUAAGGACGGUGAGUGUGCCGAGGGGCUGCGCUCUGGCUGGGGCGCAGUUACAAGAGGAGACAGAGACAGUUUCUGCCCUGGCCUCCCUGACGGUGGAUGUGGAACAGCCCUUUGCUCGAGAAGACACCAGAACUGCUGGUGAGCCUAUGGAAGAGGAGCCAGCCUUGUGAAGCGCCAAGUCCUCCCCAGCCUUCCCCACCCCCGAUAUUUCCUGUGUGUGACAUCAUUGCAUAUCCCCCCGCCACCCCAGCACCCUCAGACAUGUCUUGUCUGCUGCCUGGGUGGCACAGAUUCCAUGGAACAUAAACACUGGGCACAAAAUUCUGAACAGCAGCUUCACUUGUUCUUUGGAUGGACUUGAAAGGGCAUUAAAGAUUCCUUAAAAGUAACCGCUAUGAUUCUAAAGUUACAGUAAACCACGAUUGGAAGAAACUGCUUCCAGAGUGCUUUUAAUAUGCUGGGUGACCCACUCCCAGGCCCAAAGUAUGAACUAGAAACAUCCAGUACAGCGUUAGAUACUGUUAAUUACAGAUGGUAUGACAGCCAGUGAAAUUUUGGGCAAAACCUUAGAAAUCUCAUUCCUGACAUUCUGAUCAGUUUUUUAUUGGGAACUUUUUCGUCAAACAGGCUUAAAUUGUUUACAGGAUUUGCUUUCAGCUAUGAAAGGAUAGCAAUUCCCGACAGAUCACGGGGGUUUUUUUGUUUUGUUUGGGGCCUUUGUUUUAACAUAUGGUUCAACUCUUGCUAGGAAGAGUCCAAGAUGGAGGAACCAGGAUGAGGCUUUUUUCAGUGGAAUAAACCACACUGUAUCUCAAAGUCCAAUGCCAAAGCAACCUCACACAUUUUAUGUAAUGGUGCAAUAUUUUAUAUCACAUUUUUUGAGAAAAAUUACCCUGUUUCCCUAACAUCCCUCUCUGCGUUCUCAGACACAGGAGAUUCGCAGUUGAUUUAGGAUGAAGUCUCCUUCCUCCCUCAUACAUCCCUUGCUCUGGUGACAGUAGCUCUGAGUAUAUGUUUCACGGAGGAUUUUCAGUGUCUUUGAAAAGUGCAUAACUUUUCAAAGGCCAUCUUAAUUUGUUCCAAAUCUAUCAAGAACUUAUUCUCUAACUUUUAUUUUUCUGCUUUCCAUCACUUCCUUUCUUCUUGCCUUUCAUCCUUCCUUCCUAUAAAAAAAGACGAGGAUUACCCAUAAUCUCCCCAAUUACUCAGGAGCUUUGAGGACUCAGUUUAUUUUCUUGCUUCCCAGGUUAACACAGCUGCUUGGCCUGAUGUGUUCUUUUAGCUGUAAAACCAUUGAGGGCUUAAGCAAUGUUACUGAAUUUUCUAGAUCUUUGAAAUGUGUUAAUGAAGGCAUUGCUUAUUUGAAGUCACCUUGAAUUGAGUUAUCCUUGAAGAUGUGCCUUCAUGUGAAAAAAACAACACAAACUUAACCUUUACACAUGUUGCCUUAGUGUCAAAGGCUAAAAACAUAGGACAUUUCUGAGAUUAAAAGCAACUUACUAAAUAUAAGUAGGUUAUCCCCCUACCUCCCCAAAUUCUAUUUCAAUGUAUAACUCAGACACCUAAAGACAUCGAU